ACUUCUUUUCUUUGGACAAGAUCCGGCGGCGGCGCGGCCACCACUUGGAGCAGCCGCUGCACAACGCGGACUCUGGCAAAGAAGUGAACAUUGACUACAGAGACGCCUUCGGAAACGUCAUGACCGCCAAGGACGCCUUCCGGCGGAUUUCUUGGCACUUCCACGGGAAGUUUCCGAGUUUGCGAAAACAAGAAAAGAAGUUGAAGAAGUUGGAGUUGGAAAGGAGACUGCAGGAAAACCUGAUGGAGUCUCUUCCGACCCUCAAGGCCCUCCAGCGCGUCCAGGAGGGAGAAGGCACGGCCCACCUCGUACUCACUGGCGGCAGCCUCGACGCCUAG